UAAUUUUUUUUUUUUUUUCAAUUCAAUACUAAUUAAGGCCAUGUCGAAUGCUUUCGAGUACCGCUGGAGCCAGCGAGGCUACCGUCGCCUCUCGUCCCAACAGCACUCCUUCGACUUGGCGGAGAACAUCGAGAUGACGGCAGUAACGACGACAACGACAACAACGACAUCUUUUCCGAGGACGCUGAAGAGGUCGAAGACUACUAGGGACGUGAAAGCGCAUCCGGUGAUGAGGAUCCUGCAAGCACCAUCAAAGAAGGAGACGACGAGGCCGGAGUUCCUAAGGUACUUGGAGUAUGUGAGGGAGGCCGGUUCGUGGGAUCCUACCUCCGACAAGCCGACCAUUUACUUAAGUAGAGCAACUCGUGUUCUUAAGUUCCAUAUUUUUACCGUGCAUUUAUAAUCCAUCCAUAAA